AUGGACAGUCUCGACCACGAACUCGAGCACCCGAAGAAACGUCGGCGGCGUGAAAUUGAACGGAAGCCACUCGUUGCUCGUCUGGCAUUUGACGACACAAUCAAGACCGAUGCUGCCCUAGUAUCUCCUGGCUUCUGGACCAAAUUGACGGGUGCUUCUGAUGGCGCACGUUGUCCGACCCCCAGCCUGUUCAUAGCCCUCACGCCCUCGUCCCCUCUCCAUACUGAGCUGCAAGAUUCCACAUGGACUAUUCUGGCUGCUCAACUCCGCGAGCCGCAGUCUUCUGCAGAGGGUCUGGGGCAGUCCGAUAUCAUACAGCUUUCGCCCAAUUCUUAUGCUUGUCAAUCGAUCCUGAAAACCUAUGCCGCAAUCGAUCGCGAUCGCCAUCCAGGCCAUGUUCCCAAAUCAAUUGAGAUUCGGGCAAUCGCCACAAAACCUCUUACACUCGAAACCAUCUAUGUUUCCGUGGAGAAGGGUAUGCUGGAAAAGAUAGAUGACAUACAGGCUAAGUUCGGCGGUGGCUUUCAAUAUGGGAGGCAUUUGAAGGUUGACAGAAAGCCCUCUACACCCAACGGCGUGUUGCAGAAUGUGCCUCCUAUUACCGGCCGACUGGCCUCGCUUGUUCGAGAAGCGCUUUCUCAGUUACCUGUGGUUCAUUCAGGGGAUGUCUUUCCGCUACCACUCCCCGCCCACCCCAUCACUCACGUUCGACCGCCUCCUGCCAUUGUGGUGGAAUGCGAGCCAGUGUCUCAGGGGAAGGUCUCUCCAAAGACUAAGAUUGUUCUGAUACAGACAGGCUCGUCACAAGAGAAAGCUCUUUCGAAAUUGGCUCCUGUCCAACCAAUAAUCGAAGAGUCCCUUGAAGAUACUGCGGAGGACACCUCGAACGACCAAUUCUAUUCAGCAGCCGAGGAUAGACAGACCGAGACAGGCUCGGAUGAUGAUGACAUGUCGGACGAGGAGUCAGGCACUGAUUCGCCUCAUGGAGAAAGUGAUGAGGAUUCGGAUUCGAUGGAUGACAUGAUUUCCCUUAGUGCACCUGGGCUGCCGCCCCAGCAGGCCGGGACGCUGUCAGCCAUGACUGCGGCGACCCCAAGACCUGGUGGGAAAAGGGCCACAGGCACGCACACCCCAGGCUCGCUCUAUUCGAGCUUCACAUCUGCGACAGCAAGGGGUGGCAGUCGCCCAGGGAAAGUGUUCAGAACCGAAGCCCUCCUUCGCAAGGUCCCGAUUGAGCUGAUGCACCCUCAGCCCAAUCUCGAGGAUGAUGAGGAGUCGUUCGUUUUCAUUGACACCAGCACGCUUGCCAAGAUUGGGUGCUUCUCUGGUGACUGGGUUCGAAUAGAGAUCGCCAGAAAUGUGAGCUCUCAGGGGUUCCCGCAUGCAGCUCUGAGAAAUCUCGGUGGAUUCACAGAAGAAGAAUCUGACUGGCGGACGGUCAAGGUGUUUGGCCUUUCGGGACUGGCAAAUCUGCAGCCACGCUACGCGGUUGACAAGACUGGUGAUCGGAGGUCGAGUUUCUCGCAGAGGGACCUCCUGUUACCGUUUUCACCGGUUGUCUAUCUCUCUCCCAUCCUUUUGGCCAAUCUGUCAAAUUGCGAAUACGUCAAACUCGGAGCUUUACCCACCACUCCUCGGCACGACCUCAAAUCGAACCAUCCGCCACGGUCCAGUACGUUCAAGUCUCCGCCAACUGCAAAGGAAGUCGUCCUGUCGAAGAUUGCUGAUCCAACGACAACCAACCCCGCUUUCCAGCCGACAUUAUUCUCAUCCCUCCAGUAUCACCUCCAGAGCAAAAAGCGCAUUUUGAAGAAAGGCGAUCUCAUUGCCGUUCCAGUAGACCAGGAAUUGGGAAAGGCCCUCACCUCUCAAGGUGGCUCAGAUGAAGCACCGAGCGAAGACGAAACCAUAAAACGACUCAACUCGCCUGAAACUGUGGGCAAUUCGCGAUUUGCCAUCGCAUGGUUUUCGGUGCAACAGGUUCACAUUGAACAGCAGGGCAAUCAAAGUGAGGAGGAUCAAAGCACGUGGGGCGGUGUUGUAACCCUCGAUAGUCAACAGACUAGAGCCUCUCAAAGUGGCACAACCAUCCAAUCAGUCUCUCACUCGACAGAAAUCUGGAGUCGAUAUUGGUUUGGCAUCAGCAAACCGCCGCAGCAGAACAUCCACCGGAUCGAUCAUGUCCCUACGGCAACAGAUAUCCCACCCCUAGACAAGCUUCCGUUGGAGAGGCGUCUGUCUGGUUUGAUUUCCGCUGCAGUCAGCAACCGUGCUGUCAACCUAGGACUUCCGCCCCUUGUCAUAUUGUUAUACUCCUCCCAACGACAGGUAGGCAAAACGUACAUUGCCAAAUCUGCCUGCCUGGCUAUAGGUGUGCACGUAUUCCCCAUCUCCGCUCACGAUCUACUCUCGGAAAAUGCCUCGACCACGGGAGGUGGUGACACAAAGACAGAAGCAUUAUUACGCACCAGAGCCGAACGGGCGCUUUCGGGAGGUGCUCAACAAACAGCCUUGCUCAUCCAGCACAUUGAUGCAUUGACUGCUGAUAGAAUGGUGCCUGUGUUACAGGAGAUCAUUUCAGAGUCCCGUGUUCUGAUUGCUACAACUUCCAAGAUCGACGAUAUACCUGCAGGGAUCCGCAGCCUAUUCUCACACGAAUUGGAGGUGACAGCGCCUGAUGAAAAAGCCAGAGAGCUCAUCCUUCGCAACGCGUGCGUUUCCAUUUCGCCACCUCUGUCAACCACUGUCAAUCUCAAAUCAAUAGCUCUUCAGACCGCGGCGCUGGUGGCUGGUGAUUUGCUAGACGUGGUGAAUCGAGCUUCACUUGCACGGUCAACUCGUCUGCUGUCGCUCGCAGAGUCUCAGGGUUGUAAUGUUUCCGAUAUCUUCAUCUCUGGAGGCCAAACAGCCACGCACCUGCUCCCCAGCGACUUUACUCGCGCAAUCGCCGCUGCACGAUCGAGUUUCUCGGAUGCUAUCGGUGCUCCCAAGAUCCCGACCGUCACGUGGCAGGAUGUUGGCGGGCUCUCAUCGCAAAAGGAUGCAAUCAUGGAGACUAUUUCCUUGCCUCUCACGCAUCCCGAACUUUUCGCCAAUGGCAUCCGGAAGCGGUCGGGCAUCUUGUUUUACGGGCCUCCAGGAACCGGGAAGACUUUGUUGGCGAAGGCAAUUGCUACGGAGUUUAGUCUUAACUUCUUCAGCGUUAAAGGCCCUGAGUUGCUGAAUAUGUAUAUUGGUGAAUCUGAAGCCAAUGUGCGUCGGGUUUUCCAACGGGCUAGAGACGCCCGCCCGUGCGUUGUCUUCUUCGAUGAACUGGACUCGGUUGCACCAAAACGUGGAAAUCAGGGCGACAGCGGCGGUGUUAUGGACCGAAUUGUGUCUCAACUUCUCGCAGAGCUCGAUGGGAUGUCAAGCGGAGGAGGAGAUGGUGACGACGGGGACUCCAAAUCGACGUCGAACGCGGGGGGAGUCUUUGUCAUCGGCGCGACGAACCGGCCGGACCUCCUCGACCCUGCGCUGCUCCGACCCGGUCGGUUCGACAAGAUGCUCUAUCUAGGUGUUGCCGACUCUCACGACCAGCAAGUUACGAUAUUGAAAGCGCUAACACGAAACUUCACAUUGGCCCCAGAUGUCGACCUAAUGAGCGUUGCACGCCGGCUCCCUUUCACUUACACUGGUGCCGAUCUGUACGCGUUGUGCAGUGACGCCAUGCUCAAGGCGAUUACGCGGAAAACGCGAGCAGUGGAUGAGAAGGUGCAACAGAUCAGCAAGACGCACGGUGAAGAUAUCAGCACCGGUUAUUUCUUCGACCACUUGGCCACCGAGGAGGACGUGCAGGUCGUGGUGGGUGAAGAAGAUUUCAUGGCAGCUCAGAACGAGUUGGUCGGUAGCGUAAGCAAGAAAGAACUGGAACACUUUGAGAGGAUUCGCAAGCUGUUCGAAGAGCAAGAUAUCACUGUGACGCCGUCCACAAACGGCGAAAGCGGGCGUGCCCCUGCGACUUUACCUUUGCGUCCCACGCCGGGGCCAGUGCCAGCUUCCCAGGCAGGUUCGGUUCCUCACACGAAGGACCAGAAUCAAGCUCCUCCGCCGCAAAUCAAGGACAAGGGCAAGGGCAAACAGAAGGACAACAACACGCCGAACUCGGGUCAAACCCCAUCAUCAGUUUCCCCGACCAAUAUCUCGAACAACUACAGAAUAGCGGUACCACGGAUCGGCAAUCCCGACUCUGGCAACUCUUCAGACGCAGAUAACUCGGACUUUGGCUUCAGCAUGAGACCGACACAUAUGAAUGGAAAUGCGAUCAAUGGAACAGGAACGUCCGUGGAAAACAAGGGCAAGGGUAAAUUGAGGGAGUUGGCUCCAGAAGCGUUGGCCGAUGGGUUUGUGGAUGACGUCGAGGGGGACGAUGAAGGCCUCUACGACGAUUGA